UGCGAUUGACACGUCAUCCUGCGCGACGCGGAAGUAAGUGAUUUUGGCACUCCGGAAUGAACCAUUGUUUACUCCGGACAUUAAGUGGAUUGAUGUAAAUUUUAAAACCUCGUCGGAGAAUUUUGGAUGGCGGUAGAAGCGUUAAUCUCUCACACAGUUCUCUGGGAAGCGUGAAAACACAAAGAAAGAGAGAUGUUUUACCUGAUGUGUAAAACCGUUUGAACAGCAUUGUGUGCAGCUGUCCACUCACUGGGAGAACUGUGACUGAGUACGAGGAUGCAGACGGGCAUUCAGGAGACUCCGCCCACCGCAGGGGAGCGAACAGAGCCGAGCCGGAUGCCCAGUAAAGACACGUCGUCCCUGGACAGCACAUCUGACCUGGGAGGCCCUCGAGCUGUGACCUUUGACCUCUUCGAUAUGGUGGUCUCUUAUAAGCGGAUGACCAUCUUUCUGGAACCGGUUACUGAUGUGGCGGACGUGCUGCGAUACGUACUCGGGUGGAGAAUGCCUUUGUGUUCUCUCUUCUGCUGCAUCCUACUGAACAUCCUCUUCAUCACAUUGAGUGAAGUGGCCUGGUUCUCUCUCGGCCUGUUGGUGGUCUCUGUCCCUGCUGUGCUGGGUUACCUUGGUGACCGUUGCCAGGGUGAUACCAGCGAUACGGUCUUGGAGAAAAAGAGACACUACGCCGUGCAGCGCAGAGAAUUGCAGACCGUCCACAUGAGCCGCCAGGAAGCCAUGAUGGAGGUGAAGGGCCUAUUAAAGCAGCUAGAUGAGUUCCUGACUCAGGCAUGUGUGUACGCAGAAUCUGUGUAUAAGAUAGUGUACUGGGAGAGUCACGCAGUCUCUUCAGUGUUUUAUGGCUUCCUCCUGAUGACGGUGUGUUUGCUGUACACUGCUCCUGUGGGCUGGAGUCUGUCUCUCAUCAACAGCACCAUCUUCAUCUGGAACAAAGACUUCUGCAGGGUUGUUUUGCAGCUAAAGGACUUGUUCCUCUCGUCUCCGGUCAAGCCUGCAGAAGGAGAGACAGAAAAGAGCGACCCAGAACCGAGUCACCUGUCAGACCAAACCCCUACUCCCACCAGUCUAGAGGAUCUGUCACCAGGAAGUGUGGAGGAGGCCGAGGAGGCGGAGCCUGAUGAUGAGUUUAGAGACGCCAUAGAGGAGAAUCAGCUGGCUCUGCAGGUGUGGCCUCAAGUCUAUGGGCUGACCAAAGCCCUGUGGAGACGCGUAAUUCAUAAGGACGAUGAUGACGUGGUGGUGGGCGGAGCUGAUUAUGACUCGGUGUCUGAUAACGGUUUGUUGAGCAGGAAUGAGCCGAUACGCAGCCGAGUGUCCAAACUCACUGAGAAGCUUCGCAAGCGCGUGCCCACUAACGCCACAGGGAACUGUUCCAGCUGUUCUGCAGCAUUCUCCGUGUUAAAGAAGAGGCGGUCCUGCUCGAACUGUGGUAUGAGCUUGUGUUCUCGCUGCUGUUCCUACAAAGUGUUCAAGUCCAGUAUGGGAGCUACAGCUCCAGAGGCUCAGAGAGAGACGGUGUUCGUGUGCGUCCAGUGCAACUCCUAUCUAAAUGCGAAGUAGCAUCCCAUAAUAACCCAUUCCAGCAGAAAGCUCCAAAGCAUCCGGGAUCUGUGGGCGGAGCUCUGCUUUCUCCUCCCUUCCUUGUGCUUCUCGUAAAGCUUCAGUUAGUGCUAGAGCUGUGACGGAAAUGAACCGGCCGACCCACAGUCAGACUCCAGCUCCUGCUGUGUUCAGCAGACUCUAACGCGUAUCAUAUCAGAUAUUUGGUGAUGGACCUCAUUCUCAUCCUGCACUGCACAUCUAAUUCAGUCGAUAUUAAAAAAAAAAAAAAAAAAACCACAUCAGCUGGUUGGCAGCUCCCAUAGCAACGUGUUCUAGAAUCAUCACCUGCUCUUUUGAUAUCGAUUCCAGUAACCUGCUUUAUACCUGUUCAAGUCCUCCUGUGACGUCACCUUCUGGAAUCUGUCAGGUUCUGAAAUGAUCAGAUGAGACCAUGUUCUGUAACUCGUGGCAUACUGCGAAGUCUUGUUUGAGAAUCCAUCAGGUUCUAAAAUGAUCUCCGCUCCAUUGAGAAUCUCUUCCGGAACCCGUGGUCUCCUCUGAUGCCACGUUUCAGAAUCUCUCAGGCUCUAAAAUGAUCAGAUGCCUCUCUGAGACCCUGUUUCCGGAGCCUGGGGCUUCAGGGGAUGUCAUGUGGCUGCCACUAUGACCUGACUUAUUGGAAUACUCCAGUGCUGAUGUUAAAGACAUGGCCUGAAGUUCUGCCAGUUUGAGAGCCAAAUCGUUACACCAUCACUCGUCAGAGUUUCCUAAUAACAUUAAUAAUAAUAAUAAUAAUAAUAAUAAUAAUUCUGACUUUGAGGACAUACUGUAUUUGACCACGUCAGAUCCUUUCUUUUCGGCAAACGUUAAUGCGUAAAAAAUGAACGCUACGACCAAGUACAAGUUCUGGUUUUAGAUAUUUAUUCUGAUUUGUUUCUUCACCUUCCAGGGUUAAAAUAUCAAGGUUAGGAAACACUACAAGUCAUUUGGAAUUAUGAACUUAGCAUACUGCUAAUCGGUAGCAUCGGCGUUCUGGGCAUGUCAGGCUUUUCUGUUUGAGACCGUCAGUACUGUUCACUGUUCUUUUAUUAAUGACACCCGAGUUAAUAGCUUGUUGUUGUUGUUGUUAUGGCGAUAAAAUGACCCCGUCCCACAUCUCCUCGGGUUCUCGCUUCGCUGUGGCCGCACUCUGGAUUUCGGAGAGGAUCGAUUCUUAGAUGGGGGAUUGUGGGGGGGGGAGUGAGAACGGUUCCAUCAACCAACAGCGACCUGUUGGGAAAAUGUGUUGAAUUGUGACCCGAUAGUUUUGAUAGAACCGGGUCAGGAUGUGCGAGUGUAUUCGUUAUUUAUUUCAUUACGUAAAUCAAGAAUAUCUCUGACAGAGGACCUUUUUUUUUUUCUCCCUCCGCUGGUUUGAAAUGAAGUUAUCAUUUAAGAAUGAAUUAUAAUUAAAUCCAGGCAUUUCUCCUGCAUUAUUAUUAUUAUUAUUAUUAUUAUUAUUAUUAUUAUUAUUAUUAUUUACAUCAACAGCUGUAUUGUACAUCAGUGUUACUGUUAGAUGUUACAUCACCACAUACACUGAUUCCAUGCUGUAUUUUCUUUUAUUUACCGUACUGGUCACAUGACUGGCUGCUGAUGGGCUUCUGAGCCAAUCAGGAUUCCGGGUGACGGUGGCGACUCGUCAGAGAGCCUUCUAACAGUUAACCGGUUUCUCAGCGUGGUACCGUUUUCUGAUCUGGUUUCUGUUUCUCCUUCUCAUCAUUCAUAUCACUAUUUUAUUUCGAUGUACGGACGUGGGUUUUGAGAGGGGUUACAGCGGUCCUGUUUUCUCUUUUAUCAUCGUUUGUUUUUAUCGUUUCAUUUUUUUAAAGGUGAAUGUAAGAUGUUGUCUGUUUUAACUGUAUGAUCUCUGUACUGUAACGCAACUGUAUUAAAGCUAACUCUAUCACAGCUCGAGCAGCGUGGAGCUCGACUCGGUAGCGUUAGCUGUCUUGCCGUUUCCCCCAGUUCAAUAAACGCAAUUAGAGAAAUAA